AAUAUCUGAUCUUCAGAUAACGAUCGCGCUUUUAUUUUGAAAGCGGUUCCGCCCCGCUUCCUGUUUGGCCAGCGCGUGGCUUUGACGCAGCGUGGAGCGACUUUGACGUAACGCAAAAAGAAAGUUGAAGCCCAGCGGAUCGCAGCGUGAGGCGGACGCUCAACAACCGGGCGACAUGAGCGACGCGUACGUCUCUCUGGCGGUGCUCGGGGCCGCGGUGCUGCUCAGCGAGGCCGCCCGCGCCGCGGCCGCGCGCCUCCUCUCCGGAGCGCACCGGACGCGCGUCCUGGAGGCGGCGUCCACCUUCCAGCUCUGCUGCUGCGCGCACGAACUCAAGCUGCUGGGCGCCGCGGCGCCGCCGGCCGCGCCGCUCGGCCUCGCCCUCACCUACGUCGUGACGGUGGUCCACCUGGGGACGUUCCGCGGGGCCACGUGCAGUCCCAUCGGGGCCGCGGAGAGCGUCUGCCGCGGAAGCAGCGGCGCCGCGGCCGCCGCCGUGCUCGUCGCCUGCCAGUUCGCGGCCGCGGUCGCCGCGCGGUUUUUCGCCACCGCCGUUUGGUCGCUGGGUCUCUCCGAGGUCCACGUCCGGCACCAGAAGUUCGGGUUCCGGUGCUUCGACCCCCUCGGCGGGACCCUCCCGGAGGCCGCGGCCGUCGAGCUGGGCUGCGCCUUCGCGGUCCAAGCCGCCGCCAUGCGCGCGCGCGGACUGGACGAGAAGCUUCGCGCGCCCUUCGUCGCCGCUGUCAUCACCGCGGUGGUUUACGCAGGUGGAGGUAUUUCCGGAGCUGUCUUCAACCCCGUCCUGGCCUUCUCUGUCCAGUUCCCCUGCAGCGGCCACAGCUACGCAGAGUACUGCUUGGUCUACUGGCUGAGCCCCGUCCUAGGGGUGGCGAGCUGCGUCCUGCUGUUUGAGAAGGUCGUCCCCUUCCUCUCCGGGAAGACCCCCGUCGGGCCGGACGUCCCCGCCGUCCAGAAGCAGAAGACACAGUAGCGUCCUCCAUGUGAGACGUUUCUGUCUUAAGCUUUUUAUUCCAUUACAGCAGUAUGCAAUUAUUUCCUGUUUUUAAUUAUUUUUAAAAAAUGAUUACAUGUGAUCAUGGCUCCUGGGGGGUUAAAACAAAGCUCUACUCCAGAACACCUGGAUGUGCUUCCACGUCCUCGAAUGUAAGACCACAAGCUGCCUGAGGGUCACGAUGCUUUGAAGCUUCAUUCUACGCAGACAGGAGCUGACGAUGGCUCAUGAAGGCGUGUUUUUUUAAUGAGUUCUUAGUGAGGCCUUUUCUUUGAUUAAAUCAAAGCACGGAAACAUUGACAUUUUAACUGCGCUUUGUUUUUGCCAAACGUUUUGCACAUGAAAUACUGUGAAAAAGCACAUUUCUACAGAAGAAGUGUCUGUGACUCACUGCAGCCAUCAAUACGUCACACAAACAACUUAAACGUGUUUCCAAAAUGUGAAAAUAUUGCACAAAAAAUGCACAAAAAAUGAACCAAAGAUCUCACAGAAAAACACAAAUAAUGCAUGUGGUUAAAAAAGUGCAGAUUUUACUUGUAUAAGUACAAUAGGAGUCUACUCUAAUACACUAAACAAACCAUGUCUGACAUGAAUCUUGCAGUGAACCAGAUGUGAUGCAGCAUAACGUUGGGUUUUCUCUGAUAUUGAGUCUGAUUAAAACAAAAGGUUUCUCUAAACAACCUUUUAAAUGAAGUCAACCAAAGCUUCUGUGAUCUUUACGUUUUCCUGGAGGCAUCAUUAUUGACUAAUGAUCACUUACUGUUUAUAAGUGAUGGGAUGAAAGUAAGCUUGUGUAAUAUUUGCAAAUACUGAUGAAUUUAUUUAAUUCCUCUGUGAACCAAGGAGAAUUUAAUUUACAAUUCUAAAUACCUCUAAAGUCUGGAAAGAUGACAUUGCAUUUUUUUUUUUUUUUUUUUUAAGUAGGAAUGUGAUUAAGCUAAUUUUUCACUCAGUGACUCAGUAAAAUAUGCAGUAUAUUUUUAGAGAAGGGGCUUUGAAUAAUCUUACAUGAAAUAUUUUCAAUAAAAACAUCUAAAAAGAAGAAAUAAAAUGUCUUUUGGAUUUGGGGCUGAUCUCAUGAAUCCUUGUUUACUUCAUUUUUAAUGUUGCUGAUUCAAUUUACUUUCACUGAAACAAAUAAAGGCUGAAAAAUAAUAAUAAUAAUAAUAAUAAUGAUAUCCACAAUAAACAGAGAACAGACUGUGGCCUCAGAGAAGAAACCGGGCCCGUGGAGCGUUGUUCUGGUACUUUGGCCCCGUGGUGGUGUUACACAAGAUGACCUUUGACCCCCACCUCCUGCACUCCCCCUCCCUAGU